AUCGAAAAUAGGAGUAUUUUUUUUCUUCAAAAUUUCUCUCAUUUUUCUAUCGCUGAAUCCGCAAUGAUGGCAGCGGCGGCGCUUUCUCUGCUUCCAAUCUCUCUUAGCCGGCCGUCUUCGCAAUAUAGUUCCAAAAAGGGUGGCUUUAUUAGAGAUGAAUUCAGCAUAUUUGCUGUUUAUAGAAAAGAAGGAGAUAGUGGUUCGCAGAAAAGGAGCAGUUGGGGUGCAAUAUUUGAUGUUGAGGAUCCAAGGCCUAGAAAGCUACCUUUCAAAGGAAGGUACCUGAAAGCAAAUCAAGCCUUAGAGGUUGCUAAGCUUGAUAUACAAUACUGUGAUUGGAGAGCCCGUCAUGAUCUACUAACUAUCGUGCUCCUCCAUGAUAAGGUUGUUGACGUUCUGAACCCUUUAGCACGUGAGUUCAAAUCUAUUGAAACCUUGAAGAAAGAGCUUGCAGAUUUACAGAAAGAACUAGCAAAGGCUCACAAUGAGGUUCACAUAUCAGCAGCUAGAGUAUCUUCUGCGUUGGAUAAGCUGGCAUAUAUGGAAAGCUUAGUAAAUGACAAACUUUUGCAAGAAAGAAUUUCAAAAGAAUCCAACUCUGAUACCGUGCCACUUGCUGCGAACACUUCAUCUUCUCCAGUAGCUAUUAACCCAGAGUCUCAUAGAAGAAGCCUUGAUGUUUCUGGACCUGUGAAACCUUAUCACCCCAACCUUAAGAACUUCUGGUAUCCAGUUGCUUUUUCUACUGAUCUUAAGAAUGAUACAAUGAUCCCUAUUGAUUGUUUUGAAGAACCAUGGGUCAUAUUUCGGGGCAAAAAUGGGAAUAUUGGUUGUGUUCAGAAUACGUGUGCACACAGGGCUUGCCCUCUUCACCUUGGAUCUGUGAAUGAGGGACGGAUUCAAUGCCCUUAUCACGGUUGGGAGUACUCCACUAAUGGAAAAUGUGAGAAGAUGCCAUCAACCCGCAUGCUCAAUGUGAGCAUAAGAUCAUUGUCAUGUUUUGAGCAAGAAGGGAUGAUCUGGAUUUGGCCAGGUGAUGAACCUCCUAAGGCGACUCUUCCUUGCCUGCAACCUCCUCCAGAAUUUCAGGUUCAUGCAGAGAUCGUUAUGGAGCUCCCAGUGGAACAUGGACUUCUCUUGGACAAUCUCUUAGAUUUAGCCCACGCUCCUUUCACUCAUACUUCAACUUUUGCUAAGGGAUGGAGUGUUCCAAGCUUGGUCAAGUUCCUCACACCAGCAUCAGGACUUGAAGGAUAUUGGGAUCCCUACCCAAUUGACAUGGAAUUCCGCCCACCCUGCAUCGUCCUUUCAAAAAUAGGUAUCUCAAAACCUGGAAAACUGGAUGGACAGACUACAAGAGAGUGCUCAACACAUCUGCACCAGCUUCAUGUUUGUUUGCCCUCCACAAGACAAAAAACGAGGUUGUUAUAUAGAAUGUCGCUUGAUUUUGCUCCCAUAUUAAAGCACAUCCCCUUCAUGCAUAUCUUGUGGAGGCACUUUGCUGAGAAGGUAUUAAAUGAGGACUUGCGGCUUGUUGUGGGGCAGCAAGAGCGAAUGAUAAAUGGAGCAAAUAUCUGGAAUCUGCCUGUAACAUAUGAUAAGCUUGGGGUAAGGUAUAGAUUUUGGAGAGAUGCAGUUGAGAAAGGAGUCAAGAAAUUGCCAUUCACUAAACCAGAAAUAUGAGAAUGAUGCGCUUAAGUGGUAGUAAUCAAUCUUCUCCCUGGCCAUCAUUUUUUUGGGAAAUAACUUGGAUAGCUAUGCAGAGAGAGCUCCAGAAUCGUUCCGUUGGCCGAAAGAGCAUUUGAUGAUCCAGA